AACAGCGUGAUGCUGCUGAGUACUUUGAGAAGAUUUUAGGUCUGACCAGUCCUGAGGCAUCACAGAUAUUCCACGGAGAGUCGACACACAAGACCAAAUGUUCUGCAUGUUGUGAAGAGACCGAAGCCGGCGGGGCAUUUUGGUAUCUUCCUCUUGCAUUGGUUGAUUCUAACAGUGAAGACUAUAGCGUGGUGGAUGGUAUUAAGGAGUAUUUCAGAACUUCAGAUUUCAGCGGAGAAAACCAGAUGUACUGUGACAAGUGUGAUGCCAAAACUGAUGCAACUAUUAAAUGUGUAAUAAAGCGUCAUCCAGAGGUUUUGAUGCUGCUGCUGAAGAGGUUUGAGUUUGACUACAGUUACAUGAGAUAUGUCAAAAACAACCGCACUGUGGAUGUUCCCUGCACCCUACAGAUACCAGAGAAUCAGACGUAUGAACUGUACGCGGUUGUGGACCAUUUUGGAGGUCUUAGAGGUGGACAUUACAAUGCAACAAUCAAACCUCAGGAGGAGGAGAGAUGGUAUAAGUUCAAUGAUGACAGCGUCACAUUGCUUGAAUACCAGCCAUUCCAGGUGGAUAACAUUGAGAAAUCCGGCAGCGCAUAUCUUCUUUUUUACCGGAAAAAGACAGUGCGUGCUGCAGGUGCUUGUACUCAGGACAGAGAGGUGUCUACUCCUGAGGAAUUCCCGCCAGCCACCAAUGAUAUCCAUGACCAGGGUCCAGAUGUCACAAAGAGGAGAGAGAGAGAGGAGGUUGAGGAAGCAGCAGAGGUGGGUAAUGAACCUACAGUGACUGUUUCCAUCGACCGACAUGAAGAAACAGGAAGUAAAGACACAGUUAGUGUUGGGUCUAGAGGAGGUGGGCUAUCAUCUGACCUCUAUAAUGUAGUAGAGGAUCAGGACAAUGGAGUUUAUGCCAGGCGCAGCAUAAGAAAUGACUUGCAUUAUACAUAAAGGGGAUGUGAAGGGAGACGAGCAACAAAAGAGAGAGGAUGAUAAACAUGCACAAAGGAAAGGAACAUCAGAGAGACAACAACAGUACCAGAACAGAAGAUUAGAUGAUGUUAGACAGAACAGAUCAGAGCAUGUUUCAACACAUAAAGAUGCAGCGAAACAAGCCAAAGAGCAGGAAAAGAAAGGAGAUG